AUGGCGGAACGUUAUAUCCCCGAACACCGCCGGACGCAGUUCAAGGCCCGAGGCCAGUUCAAGCCCGAUGAGCUCCGCCGUCGCCGUGAGGAGCAGCAAGUUGAGAUCCGGAAGCAGAAGCGUGAGGACAACUUGGCCAAGAGACGUGGUAUCCAGACACGGGAUGGUGGCAUCAGUGUUAGUGGCGUGAACGCCGCCACUGAGAGCGACGAUGAAGCUAGUGCUAUCGAGAGUGAGCUCAACGUCGAGCUUCCUUUGAUGGUGAAGGGUGUCUUCUCCGACCAGGUUGAGGAACAGAUCCAAGCCACCACCAAGUUCCGCAAAUUGCUUUCCAAGGAGCGCAACCCUCCUAUCGAGCGGGUCAUUGAGACCGGUGUCGUUGCCCGUUUCGUCGAGUUCCUUCGCUCCCCCCACACUCUGGUUCAGUUCGAGUCUGCUUGGGCUCUGACCAAUAUUGCCUCCGGUUCCGCUCAGCAAACCCAGGUCGUCAUCGAGGCUGGUGCCGUACCUAUCUUCGUCGAGCUGCUCAGCAGCCCUGAGCCCGAUGUCCGCGAGCAGGCCGUCUGGGCCCUCGGUAACAUUGCCGGUGACAGCCCUCACUGCCGCGACUUCGUUCUCGGUGCCGGUGCUCUCCGCCCCCUCCUGAACCUCAUCAACGAUGGCCGCAAGCUUAGCAUGCUCCGCAAUGCCACCUGGACCCUUAGUAACUUCUGCCGUGGCAAGACCCCGCAGCCCGAUUGGAACACCAUUGCCCCUGCUCUUCCCGUCCUUGCCAAGCUCAUCUACAUGCUUGACGAUGAGGUCCUGAUUGACGCCUGUUGGGCUAUCUCCUACCUGUCCGAUGGCGCCAACGACAAGAUCCAGGCCGUUAUUGAGGCCGGUAUCCCCCGCCGCCUGGUGGAGCUCCUCAUGCACGCUUCCACCUCCGUUCAGACUCCCGCCCUCCGUUCCGUGGGUAACAUUGUCACCGGUGACGAUGUCCAGACUCAGGUCAUCAUUAACUGUGGCUCUCUCCCCGCCCUGCUCUCUCUCCUGAGCUCCACCAAGGACGGUAUCCGCAAGGAGGCCUGCUGGACCAUCUCUAACGUUACCGCUGGUAACUCCAGCCAGAUCCAGGCUGUCAUUGACGCUGGCAUCAUUGCCCCUCUGAUCAACCUGCUCGCCAACGGUGACUUCAAGACCCGCAAGGAGGCUUGCUGGGCUAUCUCCAACGCCACCUCCGGUGGUCUCCAGAAGCCCGAUCAGAUUCGCUACCUUGUUUCCCAAGGCUGCAUCAAGCCCCUGUGCGACCUCCUCGCCUGCCCCGAUAACAAGAUCAUUCAGGUCGCUCUCGAUGGCCUUGAGAACAUCCUGAAGGUCGGCGAUAUGGACAAGGAGGCUGGCCAGCCCGGUGAGGCCCGCGUCAACCGCUAUGCUCUCUUCAUCGAGGAGGCUGGUGGUAUGGAGAAGAUCCACGACUGCCAGAACAACGCCAACGAGGAGAUCUACAUGAAGGCUUACAACAUCAUUGAGAAGUACUUCUCCGACGAGGAUGAGGCCGGUGGUGACAUUGAGGAGCUUGCUCCCCAACAGACUCAGACUGGAUUCUCCCUCGGCACCGGCCAGCAGCAGCCUGGUGGAUUUAACUUUUCCAACGGCGGCGACACCAUGGACAUGUAA